AUGCAGAUAGAAGAGGACAGACGGCUUGAGGAGCGCCGUAGUAAAGAAAAAGGCCUGGGCAAGGUCCUGAGCAAAGUGUUCACACUACAGAGGGCUGAAAUACGGCAACUUAAGCCUCCUUUUCUGGAGUCUUUCUCCUUAGAGUCGGAAAACUCAUUCUUGAACUACAAGAUUGAUUUAUUAUAUGCCGCCCUUUUCCCCGGUGAGGGCGCCCCCAAGCCCAAAGCGUAUUGCAUACUCGGGGCAGGAGUUAGUACAGCUGUUGGUCUUUCUGCAUUUCGCUCAUCAGGAUCCAUCUUCAGAAGGGUGCAGCACUUUUAUCCCCUUCUUGUCUAUGCACUCCAGCAAGAGGUUGCCGACCCUUCUGACGAUGAUUUCUUCUUAAGAUAUGCCCUUGGUUUACGGGGCAUUAUUCAAAAUCCCAUUGUUGUUUAUAGUGUUCUGAGGGAAUACCACGAAAGCAUAAUGUUUAUAUCUAACAUCAGGCCUUCGCUUACACACUAUUUUCUUCGCUUCCUUGCAGACGAGGGGAUCCUGAAGCUUAUUUUGACCCAGAACAUUGAUGAACUGGAACGUGGCGUGGGGCUCAGCGAGGUUGUAGAUGUCAAGCAGGUACACGGAUCUCUUAGUAACCCGGGCGCCUGCUUGGCAUGUGGGCGUUCCUGCCUUCCAGAGGUUGUCCUCCAAGCUAUACGUGAUGGCUCUGUAGCCGCCUGCGAAAAUUGUGGCUCAGCGAUUAAGCCAGGAAUUGUUUGCUAUGAUGAGGAUAUAGAUCUUCAAAGCGAUACAGUCAAUUCUCUAUCAGAUAGAGUCAAUCCCUACACUUUGGGUUUAGUUUUUGGAACCUCGCUGUUGGUCGAGCCGGUGAAGUUCCUACCUGGAGCAGCACCCUUGUCCAGUCAAAUUCAUAUUGUGUGUAGAGCAUUCGAUGAGGCAGCAUGGCUUGACAAUCAGGAUUUACAGCAAAUUAAGACUGCUAGACUCAAGCAGCACACCGUCAAUCUUGCAAUAGAGGAGAGAAACACCCAGCUUUCAUUUUCUCCCUAUCUCAAUAUCAUCGAUGAAACUUGCGAUGCAGUUGUCCAAGCGCUUCUCUGUAGGAAUAAAGUAGUGGCAGAGAAAUUUCUUGCCACAAUGCGAAGAGUUCUAGAAGAAGAAAAGCAGAAUACUAGCACCGUCACCACGAUACCCCCCUCUCAAAUAGGGCCGUUCCAUAAGGUAUACCUAGCUGCUCCAGAACUGAUACCACCAGACGGAUACGUUCAGUGUAUUGAGCUCAACGGUAUGCUAGUCUUUUGCCUUCUUACACUUAUUAGCGAUACCAUCCUAACUAAUCACUUCUGCAAUCAGUCUCACUAUGACAUAAUAGACAUACCAACGCACACCGCAGGAGUGGAGCACAGCAAAGAGCAUAUCAACCAGCAUCGCACCUUAUGCAUUAUAGAGGCAGACUACAAGGAAGCGUUGCGUAGAGGAUAUGAAGCCACAGUUAGCUUUCUCCAGAAUGUACUGUACCGACCGAUAAAUUGUCAUUGGGGUAGCUACAUCUAUGGCUACAAUGCAUAUCGACUUACGCCACCAGGAGCAGAAUACAUAGAAACACACGAUCCAUGGAAUGCACUGUUCUUCUGCUCCACGCCAGCAAUAAAAAGACAUGACUUUUGCUAUAAAGGGAUGCCUGGGCUGUCGCUCCAUCUUCAGAACUCAGAAGAUCAUACACUCUUUAUCUAUCUCCGUACAACUGUAUCCAUUUCUCAGCCAGUCAGCCGCGUUACCUAA